AACAUCAUGCGCCAGCGCGAGGAGGACAUCGGCCAAUACUACGACAUCGAGGCGACCAUCGGCCGGGGGUCCAUCGGCACGGUGGCCCGCGCCCAGCACAAGGAGUCGAAGAAGUGGUACGCCGUCAAGACGCUCCAAACCCAGCGCCUCACGAAGGACAUGAUCGACGAGAUGCUCAACGAGAUCGACAUCAUGAUGGGCCUCGACCACCCGAACAUCGUGCGGCCGCUGGAGCUCUACUCCAAGAAGCGCGAGCUCUACUUCGUCAUCCCCUUCUGCAGCGGCGGCGACCUGUACAAGCGCGCGCCCUACGGCGAGCGCAACGCGGGCCGCUACGUCGCGCAGAUGUGCGACGCGGUCGCGUACAUGCACCGCUUCAACGUCGUCCACCGCGACCUCAAGUUCGAGAACGUGCUCUUCAUGUCCAAGGCGCCCGAGUCCGAGGUCAUGAUCAUCGACUUCGGUCUCGCGAAGGCGAACUACGCGCGGAAGAAGAAGCUGGACGAGUUCGUCGGGACGAUUUACAGUAUGGCGCCCGAGGUCAUCCGGGGCGCCUACGACGCCAAGUGCGACGUCUGGUCCCUGGGCAUCAUCACCUACAUGUUGUUGGCGGGCGCCAUGCCCUUCACGCGCUUCGACGACGAGGACGCGCUGCUGCGGGAUUUGGAGCGCGAGCGCUACGACAUGACGCGGCGGACGAUGGCGAAGCGGUCCGAGGACGCCAAGGCCUUCGUCAAGUACCUGCUCAAGGCCAAGGUGGACCAGCGGCCGGACAUGCAGCAGGUGCUCAAGCACAAGUGGCUCAAGGGCCGCACGCGCGACUACGAGGCCGCGGCGAACCCCAAGUCGCUAGGGACGAUGGAGUCGCUCACGGACGAGGACAUGGUCGACAACCUCAAGAAGUACGCGUCCGCGAACCGCCUGCGGCGCAUCGCCCUCAUGGUCAUCGCCCACCGCAGCGACAGCGACUCGCUCCGCGAGCUCCGCGCCGCGUUCCGCGCCAUCGACACGGCGAACGAGGGCUUCAUCAACUUCGGCGAGCUCGAGGCCGUGCUGACCAAGGCGGGCUACGACCAGGCGCUCAUCGCCGAGGUCUUCGAGGCCGUGGACCACGACAACACGGGCCGCAUCUCCUACACGGAGUUCCUCGCGGCCAUGCUCGAGGGCAACUGCCUCGUGCAGGAGGACGAGCUCGCGGACGCGUUCGACCGCCUCGACAGCGACGACUCGGGCGCGAUCACCAAGGACAACCUGCGCCAGCUGCUGGGGAACCAGUUCUCCGCGUCCCUCGUCGAGGAGAUGAUCGCCGACGCGGACUUCAAGCAGAACGGCACCGUCGACUACGAGGAGUUCAAGAAGAUGAUG